AUGAAGGUUGUAGUGACAGGUGCUGCUGGAUUCCUAGGAUCUCAGUUGGCUGAUGCUUUGCUGAAGUCCAAUUCUCCAUUGCUUAUUACACAACUAGUUUUAGUGGAUGCCAUCCGCCCGGCUCAACGUUCUGAUCCACGAGUUAGUGUACUUGCCCUUGAUUUGAGAAUACCAGGCGCUGCUGAACGCCUCAUUGAUGCAGAUUGCAAUGUAUUCUUCCAUCUCGCUGCCGUCGUCAGUGGACAAUCUGAAUCGGAUUUCGAUCUCGGACUAUCCGUGAAUUUUGACGCAACUAGAGCACUAUUAGAAGCUGCCAGAAGAACCGUCCCAUCACUGAUAUUCGUUUUUGCUAGCACUUGCGGAGUUUUUGGAGGUGAACUGCCAGAUGUUAUUAACGAUAAAACAGCAACAAUGCCCCAAACAUCUUAUGGGACUGCUAAGGCGAUGUGUGAGCUAUUAAUAAAUGAUUAUUCGAGGAGGAAGUUUUUAGAUGGCCGCUUUGUACGGCUACCUACUGUUAGUAUUCGUGCUGGUAGACCCAAUACAGCCAUGACAUCUUACGCCAGUGGUAUUCUUCGGGAACCGUUGAAUGGAGAACAAGCUGUAUGUCCUGUACGUGAAGACCAGAAGAUUUGGAUAUCCAGCCCUGGUACAGUUGUGCAUAAUAUUAUUCAUGCUGCAACCAUCUCAGCUGAUGUUCUGGGAGACUGGCGUGGAAUCAAUUUGCCGGGGUUCGCUGUAUCUGUAGAAGAACAACUAAGAGCUCUGGAAGAAGUAUCUGGUCCGAAGGCCGUGGCAUUAGUGCGUUUUAAAAGAGACGAGAAAAUCUGCCACAUGGUCGAGUCAUUGCCGAUUAAGUUUGACAACUCCCGUGCUCUGAAACUGGGAUUUCAUGUGGACACCAAUUUCGUUGAUGUUCUCAGGGAAUACAUUCAGGAAGAACAGAACAAAAAAUCAGGCUCUAUUUAG